AUGAAUCACUAUUCCAUCACCCUCUCAGAAGUCCUCUUGUUCGUUCUGUCCGCUGAGAUGCAUGAAACCUACAUGAACAUCAUGCUUGCCGACCUUGUCAACCGUGCGCAGGAAAUCCUCACAGCAUUCCAUCUCCAUCCGAAAACAACAGCAACAACUGUCGACUGGACACUGCAGCUUGCACGAAGUUGCUACUCCAGAGCCAUGCAGAUGCUUACUAGAAAAGAGCAUGGCUGGCACUUCAGUGCCACCAACACAAAGCCGGAGCAGAUUCACGACUUUCGCAUCGAAGAUAUGGCUGAAAAAAUGCGCACGGUUACUCCUGAUCUCUGGGAGAUGGUGCACUUUCUUCUGUCUGGGAAGGACAGCAUGGACACAGACACGGAGAUGGAGUUGGAUAGUAGAGAGCCAGAUUUGGAGGAGAGACAAUACUGGGAGUCAGAAGGGAUGGAGGAUGUGUGGGUGGGCCCUGACGAAGUUGCAGCCGAAGUACAGCAGGAAGAAAAGGAUCAGAAAGCCGUGCAGAAGAAGAGGGAGUCCCGUGAAGUUUUGACCACCAUCAUAGGUUUAGUAACUACUACUGGGUACCUCGAAAUCCCUGACAAAGGUCCCACUAGAAGACAGUUGCCAUCAUAA